GAAGCAGUUGACUGAUUUCAGAACUGUACAAAAUGCAGCGUAACAGAAAUAUGAAUUUUGUAUGGUGUGGCUGAAAAAGAGGUGACGUUAGAAUUCCAUGUGAAACAAGGAAUGGAAAUUGCCACUCGAUCCAAAGGCUCUGACGCAGGGUCAUCUGAGCGCACUGUUCCUAAACGCAGAGCGCCCAGCCCACCUCACUCUUCAAAUGGACACUCUCCAACCGAAGCUUCCCCAAGCCCUGUCAAGAAGAAGAAGAAACCAGGAGCUGUCAACAGCAGCAAAGACCAGUCCAAACUCAGACAUGGUCCUUUUUACUAUGUGAAGCAGUCCACACUCACCACAGACCCUGUUGAUGUUGUACCGCAGGACGGCAGGAACGACUUCUACUGCUGGGUGUGCCACCGUGAGGGCCAGGUCCUGUGCUGUGAGCUCUGCCCACGGGUCUACCAUGCCAAGUGCCUCAAACUGGCAGCUGAGCCUGAAGGCGACUGGUUCUGCCCAGAGUGUGAGAAAAUAACCAUAGCUGAGUGCAUUGAGACCCAAAGCAAGGCGAUGACAAUGCUAACUCUGGAACAGCUGUCCUACCUUCUCAAGUUUGCCCUUCAGAAGAUGAAACAGCCUGGUACAGAACCAUUUCAGAAGCCUGUGUGUCUGGAGCAACAUCCAGAUUAUGCAGAGUACAUUUUUCAUCCCAUGGAUCUGUGUACAUUAGAAAAGAAUAUCAAAAAGAAAAUGUACGGCUCCACCGAAGCUUUCUUGGCCGACGUGAAGUGGAUUUUGCACAACUGCAUUAUCUACAAUGGAGGAAAUCAUAAACUAACCACAACAGCUAAAGUCAUAAUAAAGAUCUGCGAGCACGAGAUGAAUGAGAUUGAGGUCUGUCCAGAGUGCUAUCUUUCAGCCUGCCAGAAGAGGGAUAACUGGUUUUGUGAGCCGUGCAGUAACCCUCAUCCUCUAGUGUGGGCCAAACUUAAGGGCUUUCCAUUCUGGCCUGCCAAAGCUCUACGAGACAAAGACGGACAAGUGGACGCUCGAUUCUUUGGACAACAUGACAGAGCCUGGGUCCCAAUCAACAACUGUUACCUCAUGUCUAAAGAAAUCCCCUUCUCUGUAAAGAAGACCAAAAGCAUUUUCAACAGCGCCAUGCAGGAGAUGGAAGUCUACGUGGAAAACAUUCGCAAGAAAUUCGGCGUCUUUAACUACGCCCCGUUCCGCACACCGUACACACCAGACAACACGUUCCAAAUGCUUCUCGACCCGGCGAACCCCAGCGCUGGCGUAGUCAAUCUCGAAAAACAGGACAAGAGCAAGUUUAGCUUCGAUAUGACAGCGUCGCCUAAGCUCAUGGGAAAGAGCAUGAUGUCCGGAGGGAUGAGUGGUGCCGCCGGUAGACGGAUCUCUGUGGUGGACAUCCCUCGAUCACCGACGAGUACCAACUCCUCUGACGGGGAGCAAGACGGUGGAGAAAAGGGCCAAUCCAGGGGGCUCUCACAACACCACAGCACAGGAGAGGAGUCUCCUGACAGCACAGCCUCUUCAGCCACUCCUCGAGCGGGUCCUGCUGGUGGUGCGGUGGACGGCCCGAAACGAGUCCCCAACACGCCUGUCAAACAAGAUAAAACCUCCAACACUGGCAGCAUCUUGAACCUUAACCUUGACCGGAGUAAGGCAGAGAUGGACCUGAAGGAGCUGAGCGAGUCUGUAAAGCAGCAGCAGGGUCCUCACACUUCACUCACUUCCCCCAAGAGACAGAUCAGGAGCCGCUUUCAGCUCAACCUUGACAAAACCAUAGAGAGCUGCAAAGCACAGCUAGGAAUCAACGAAAUAUCAGAGGACGCGUACAAACGCGUGGAUCACAGCGACUCCGACGACUCCGACAAAUCUGAUUCCAGUGACAGCGAAUACGGCAGCGACGAUGAUCAGAAACCAAAGCCUGGCCGGGACUCAUCUGCUGAAGACAAAACAGACAAAGAACCGUCUAAAAAGAAGUCCAAACCCUCGUCCUCUGCUGGUGGGGAGAAGAACAGCAAGACGGAAUCAUCUAGUACUUCAGGUUCACUGAGCAAAGGUGAGACGGUGCAAAAAGCAGCAAGCGGCGUCUCUCCAGGAUCUAACUCGGACAAGACGGCGACCAAAGCAGUAGCACAAUCUCCCAGCGCGCGAGACAAGUCCAAGGCCAAAGAAGAGACGAGGAAACCCGUGUCUGUCGACGUAGACAUGGACUCGGACUCUGAGCGAGAGCUGGUGAUCGAUUUGGGAGAAGAGCCUGGAGGAAAAGAGAGGAAGAGGCGCAGGAAGGACUCGGCCAAUGUCACUGCACUCAAGGAACCAACAACUUCCAAAUCGGAGGGUAAGGGUCCUCCUGCAGGCAGUCUCGCUCCAUCUCAAACCCCUUCAGCACCCUCAUCCACCGCAGGCCUCAAAGACCCGUCCCAGUCUCCCAUGGCCGUUCCUCUAAAUGUAGUCGCCGUCUCUGUAGUUUCCAGCAGCGCCACCUCCUCCGCCCUGCCAAACUCCACUACUCCCACAGCCCUGACCUCUUCCACCCCCGCCGGCUCAGUGAAAAAGCAGCGCCCCCUGCUGCCUCGCGAGAGCAUGCCGGUGGUGCAGCGGGCCGUGGUGUGGAACCCCGGCACCAAGUUUCAAACAUCGUCUCAGAAGUGGCACAUGCAGAAGGUCCAGCGUCAGCAGCAGGGCCAGACGCAGCCACAGACGCAGGCGCAGGCGGUAACGCAAGCGCAGCAGGUCUCGUCCUCGGCACAGCAGUCUUCCAGUACUCGGUAUCAAACACGCCAAGCUGCUAAAGUCGUUCACCAGAAAGACUCUCCACACAGCACUUUACCCUCAGUUGCCGCUCUCGUCACCAGUGCCCCAGUGUCUGCUGCUAUAAUGGCAGGCGUCACAGUAAGCUCUGCGUCACCAUCAACAUCCAUGGCUGGAGAUCUACAGAUUCCCACCACCUCUGCUGACAUUGCAGCGGACAUUGCGAAGUAUACUAACAAGAUAAUGGAUACAAUCAAAGGGACAGUAACUGAAAUAUACAAUGAUCUCUCCAAAAGCACGUCAGGAAACACAGUCGCUGAGAUUAGACGGUUGCGGAUCGACAUCGAAAAACUGCAGUGGCUCCAUCAACAGGAGUUAUCAGAGAUGAAGCACAAUUUAGAGCUGACCAUGGCAGAGAUGCGGCAGAGUCUGGAGCAGGAGCGAGAGCGGCUGAUGGCUGAGGUUAAAAAGCAGAUGGAGAUGGAGAGACAGCAGGCCGUGGACGAGACCAAAAAGAAGCAGUGGUGCGCUAACUGCAAGAAAGAAGCCAUUUUUUACUGCUGCUGGAACACAAGUUACUGCGACUACCCCUGCCAGCAAGCACACUGGCCUGAACACAUGAAGUCCUGCACACAGUCCGCAACAUCCUCACAGCAAGAGACAGAGACCGAGUCAAGCACAGACGCCAUCCCCAAGACAAGUGGACAUUCUAACAGUGGUCAGGAUUCACCCAGACAGACUGCAUCAGCUCCCACCAUAGACAAGGACAACAACACGGACAAAACUAAGGACAGUGCCUCUGUCGAUCUGUCCUAGCUUAGAAAUCCAAUUCCUGCUGUACAGCUGCAUUAAUAUACGAGUCAUGCUUCAUCACUAAUCACUACAGCGAAACUUGUUUUUAUCUUACCAGGUUGUGCUAGUGGAAUAUGAAUCAGUAACAGUUAGAAUCCAGUAUUGCGUUAAAGAGACUGAAAUUACGUCUCUAAGUAAUGCCUAAAUUGUUUACACUGAUCAUUUCAUAAAACUGUUAGUGGCUGCAUUUAUACAGCUGCCCAAAAUAAUCCAGAAUCUAAUCUAGUCUUUUUAUGACAGCAUAAGCAGCAAAUGUCACACUAAGUCAUUACAGUCUAAUGUUCUGUAAUCAACUCGAGGUGAAAAUCUCCUGGAGGCAGAAAAAAGAUCAUAUUUCUUUUUGUUUUUGUGGAUUUGUCCCACCUUUUCCUCCCAAUCUAGUAAAUUCAGGGACCAGGAUCAAACGGCUGACGACAAUGAAAUAAAAAACUUCCUUGUGUAACAUUUAAUCUAACGGCUUUGUAGAACCAACAUAGUUUAAUAUUAAGCCAAUAAUAUGACAUGAGCAACAGACACUGGCACUUAAUGCCUCUGCUGUGUGCCUCUAGAAAAUGACGUUUUUAAUAUUUAAUGAAAUAAUAGUACAUUAACAAACAAAGCGGAAUCAAGCACUUAUUAUUGUACAUUGAUCAAAGCUAGAAGGAAAAUCUAGAUGUUUGGAGAAUUUGUAGGAUUGAAACCCUGUUUGGUAUUUAAUGAUGCACAUUUUGUCAUAUUACUGGAGAACAAAAACACUAGCAAAGUGUUACAGGGACCUAAAUACCCCCAAUUUAAAAGUAAGUGCAGUGUAAGUAAGUAAGUAAGUGAUAAAAUAAGAUUUGGGAAUCAUAACUAAACCCCUGUAUUAGUGACUCAGUACUUUACAGAUCCUAAAUGACAGAUAUCGUUCACUGUGAAAGUGUUCAUCACAUUUCAUAUUACAUUUAUCUAUCUAUCUAUCUAGUUUCAAAUUGUCCGACUAUCUAAGCCCUAUAUGGGUGUUUCUUGAUUUUAUUUAGACAGAAUUUAAAGAUACUUUGGUUAUAUUUGGGAAGGAUGUUUUGUAAUUUGAAGUAUAUUUUAUUUUCUGUGUCCUUCACUAACCCCUGUUUUACACUGAACUUGUGUGCACUUUAUAUGAUCAAAAUCAUUUGAGUAAUGUAAUUGACAUUAGAUGCAUAUACAUUUGGAAGUAAUACCAUCUAAAUAUUUGAAGAAGCUCCUGGAUAAACAAUUAGAUGCAUUUCUUUAUUUCUUUUUAAACACUUUGGUCCACCUUGCUGGCAGUUUGAAAAACUCUGGUCUUUCAUCACACUUGUGAUACCACAGAUUUGACUAUUUGGCGAUGUAUUCUGUAUUCAGCUGUCAUGCUGGGAUGUUUAUUUGAAGUAGAUUACAUUUUUACCCAGGACCAAAUUCACUAAAAAUAUAAACAUCCUUAGAUCACCGCCCCCUCCCCCCCGUGUACUCACAUUUUUAAGUGUGCUUAGUAUUCAAAACAGUAAAAUAUGCACAAUAUGGCAUCGUGUGUUUGAAUGUGUGCAGUGUUCAAACCCUCUCUGUGUGAAACAGGGAUUAGAUUGUUUUAAAGAUUAAAAUAAGUUUCACCUGUUAGACUGGAUUAGGUGUUAUUAUUCUCAAAUUCUGCACAGUGGUACGUGGCUUUUUUAAAUAAUCAAAGUGUAUCGGAUAUGUUAUACCAUGAUACAACUUUACUGUAUCACCAGAUAAAAUCUGGUUAUUGUUUAUAUUGUUUAUAAUUUAAAAGAGAACAUGUAUACAAACUUUAUUUAACUAUUUAUCGAUAUUUGCCUUUAAAGGCAUUAAAAUGUGUGGCUAUUUCCAUUUGAGUUUUGUUUUUUUGAGUCUUAUGUCUAAAGCCCAAGCUUGUUUUUUUUACACAUCACAUGAAUUUGUUCAUUUCAUUUGUUCAUUGUGAAUACAGGUGACAGCUAUUUUCCAGCUGCUUUUGCUGCCAGUUUUAUCACUGUUAAACAGUUUUUAAUUCAACAUUCUCAAACAGUUCAGAAAGUAUUAUAUUUGAAAUAUAAUUAUGCCGACUUGUUUAGUUUAAUCAUACUUUAUAAAUGUCUGUUUGACUUUAAUACACAGGACCAGUUUUCAAAGUUGAGAUGUUGAGUACUGUUUUAUUGUUUCUAAUAAAAGGUUCAUAUA